CAGCCGUGAUCGGAUCCACUGAGUUUCUCGGAGCAAACUUCAGUCAGGAGCGGCUGUUGUUGAUGUUUGGAUCGGAUUUUCGUUUUCCUUUCUCAGCUACUGGGAGUUAUCAGCCGCGGAAUCACGUGACCCCGUGGGUUGCCCCCCUCCCUCCGUGGACAUGUAGUGGAUCCUCCUGAACGCGUGGAGCUGUCCGGCUGUCGGACUUUAAACCCGUCCUGUUCCACAGGGCGCGAUGGUGGAAGCGGCGCGUGACGCGGGGAGCUUUCUGAUCGCGUGUCAGUGCGUGGAGAUGUUGAUGAACCCACUCAUCGUCCUGCUGCUCCUGCUCCCUCCAGCCUGCGCGUCUCUUCCUGCUCCAGUCAACCUUCGCAUCACUUCCCUGAACUUCCAGUAUGAUCUCCACUGGGACCCUGGACCGGGCUCCCCCCCAGGGACCGUCUACUGGGUCUCUAAGCUCGUUGAAAGGGAAAAGUGGAAGAAGCUUUGUAAACCAACCAACGUAACGUCUUACAGGCUGGAGCUGGACCUCAACUCUGAAUAUAACCUGGCUGUGCGGGCGAAAUACAACCAUUCACGGUCUCCUCGCUCUGACCCCAUCACCUUUGAACCUCUCACUCAAACUGUGUUUGGGCCUCCAACGCUCUCAGCUGUUGGACACGGCACGUGGAUCCAGGUGAACAUUUCACACCCAAACAUCACACUCAUCCAGAGGGAGUAUGCUCCCGACUAUAAAGUGCUGUGGAAGAAAGAAAACGAUGGAAAAAUACAGGAGCAGACAAAGAUGGAGGAGCUUUGGAGCUUCAAACUGGAUAAACUGGAGAAGGGGACGAAGUACUGCAUGCAGGGCCAUAUUAUGACCCGUAUCAUCAGAAACAACCCACCGUCUGAGUGGAAGUGCAUCUUGAGCAGCGUCCCAGAACCCGAUAACUCAAUGUUGGUUUUAGUCAUCGCCAUGGUUCUUCUGAUCUCCCUGACGCUCCUCCUCUCCAUGGGCUUCUUCUGCCUCUACUACACCGGCUUCCUGUGUAAACUGAAGGACCUGCCCGCUGCCCUCAUGUUCGUUUUGUUGCCUGAAGACGCCUUUGGCCCAAAAACGGUGGACAUGGACCAGGCCACCAUCUUCUCCCAAACCGUGAAUCUGAGGAACCAUCCAAAGGCGACUGCUCCUUCCACGGGGGAAGCCAACUCAGAGGAUGAGGAUGCUGAUGAGGACUAUCCAGGAAAGCUCUACGUAAACAGAAAGACAGAACGCUCUUCAUACAGAGGCUCCCAGCGGGACCCUGAAUAUCAUAGCGGGUACCUCGGUAAGGAUGCCAGGAGCUCUAGAGGCUUCACGGCCGAGCCGCCCGCAGAGGCGGAGCAGCGGCAGGUGGAGUCGGACCAUCGUGAGCAGAAAGCGGGAAUGGUUCAUGACCCGGAUCAAAGUGGACUUCAGGUCCGAGUCAUGACUCAUCAUGAGGAGGAAAUGAGGACGGAGAGCCAGGACCUCUCAGGAGACGUCAACCUGUUCUCCGUCACGCUGGCCUCCAUGGCUACGUGUGAUGAAGGUGACCCAGAGGAGGAGCAGGACUCUGAUAGCUCCUCCACAGACUUCCUGAGGAUCUACACCCUAAAUCGGAGCCAUACGGACUCUCAAAGGGAGCGGGAUGAGCAGGAGUCUGCACCGCUGAUGGAGCCGCCGACGGAGGUCUUCCCUGACUCUGGAGACGCAGACUCCUGGAGGGAGGAGGAGGAACUAUCCGGCUAUCUGACUAACAGAUGA